AACUGCCAGGGUUAAAUAGGUACUUUGAUAGAAUUAAAGUACGUAGACCUGUAUGUAAAGAAAGGCAGAAAAAACAAUACAUUGCAAUUUACUUACACCCAUGUUGGACCCAAAAAGAAAUUCGAUAUAUCGACAUCGAAAAAUUUCCAUCGAUUUAUCGCACUCCAUCGGUUCCAUCGAUAAUAUCGAUGGUGCCAUCGAUGGUUUUCCCAGCUCUAGUUGCUUGUGUUGCCAGUGUGCUUGUGUGAGUGCGAAAGAGAAGCAAAUAGGGGAUAAGGAAGCCGCAAACGCGAAUGAAGGAAAACGAAAAGUUCUAAGAAAUCUUAUCAAUGACCAAGUCGAAGUGCUAAACCAUAGGAAAGCGAAAAAGAGAAAAUAAAAAUAAAUCAAAAUGAAGUAAGAAUCGCAACGACUAUUUAGGUCUUUGAACGUAGUUCUGCUAGCGCUGCUGCUGCUGGCGCUGCAGUUUUCCUGAUUCUCCCUGAUACGCCACCACGCCUACACGCCAAAGAAUGGCUGCCAUCGUCUACAAUCGCCUACACAGUGGGAUUGGGACUGUGGCCAGCUCCUCCCACACAUCAUCAUCAUCAACAUCGGGUGCCGCAUCGCUGGGUCAUUCACAGCUGACUCGAUCCUUGGAGCGUAUACUAGAGGAGGCUCACUUCAGUGGCGAACUGAUACUGACCAAUCGCAAGCUGAAGGAUUUUCCAAAAACAGGCACCAAAUAUUCCCUCACCGACACGGUGAUUGCAGAUCUCUCCCGAAAUAGAUUCUGUGAACUACCCGAGGAAAUCACAACAUUUGCUUUCCUGGAGACAUUGUUGCUCUAUCACAAUGCCAUACGUAGUAUUCCCGAGUCGGUGAAACAGUUGUCGUCAUUGACUUAUUUAGAUUUGCGUAGCAAUCAAUUAUCCUCAUUACCGCGAGAGAUUUGUUUUCUGCCACUGCAAGUGCUUCUGGUGUCGAAUAAUCGUCUGGCCACAUUGCCCGAUGAAUUGGGAAGAUUGGAUCAGACGCUGGCCGAGCUGGAUGCCUCGUAUAAUCAACUGGCGGCCUUGCCCGCUCGCCUGGGUGAGCUGAGAUCGUUGCGUUCGCUAUCGCUGAGAAGCAAUCAACUGAUGUACUUGCCCAGAGAGUUGACCUGCCUGAGUUUGGUUAGCCUGGAUGUGAGUAACAAUCGCAUUGCUAGUCUUCCCCUCGAGAUACGUCACAUGGGCACAAUGGUGGAACUGCAAUUGGAAAAUAAUCCAUUGACCUCGCCGCCGGCAAGCCUCUGCAAAAGGGGACUGGUGCAUGUCUUCAAGUUUUUGGAGACGCAAGCCACCAAGGACGAGAAGGGUUCACGUUCGGGUGGAAACUAUGAUGGUUAUACAACAUUGAGGCGAGCACCAAGGCACAACUCGAGCGGCAAUGUGCUGGAGGCCAGCAGCAGCAAUCAGCAGCGUCAUGCGGCACGGCAUCAGAUCGACUCGGGUUAUAGCACCAGUGAUGGCCUGGACAAGCGCUGGUCGCACGAUGCUCCAGGCGGCAAAUCGAAAACCGAUUCGCCAUUGCAUAGUUCCACUUUGCCACGUGCUGUGGCUCCCAGUGCACUUCAUCCAGCAUUGAGUGCCGAUCUCAUGGAUGCUUCAUUGACCUCCAGUACGAGCACCAUUGUGGACGAGAGUAUUACAUUGAGUGCUGGUGUCAAUGGUGGAGGCAUUGGUGUGUCGCCCACAUCAUCGCCCUGUAAGCAAAGAACACUUGAUUAUAGCUCUAGCAAUGGUUCAUCACCCGAUCAUGAGCAUGAUGAUCUAAUGUUGGAUCAUCAGGAAAGGAGUGUCCACGGCAGUAAUGGCAAACUGAACAAGAGUCUAAACAACAUACAGACCUACAAAGAGUAUAAAGAGGCACUGAAGCAGCAGCGAAAUCAGGAAAUUAGCAUUUACAAGCAAAAGCAUCCCAAUGCCAAUCAUAGUCCCAAUGAUGAAGAUAUUCCAUCACCAUCACGCCUGACCAAUGGUUCACACACACUGCCCAAGUCCAUAAUGAAGCAACCAAGUGGUCACAAUGGCAAUGGCAAUCGAAUUGAUGAAGUAGUCAUACCAAAGAAACCCAUACAGAAGGUGAUACCAUCUCGUAACACCGAACUAAUGGCCAAUAAGUCAGAGCAACUUAUCAGCUCUUCAUCCUCCUCCACAUCUUCCUCCUCAUCCUCAUCAUCAUCAUCAUCGUCGUCUCCACCUCAUGCCAACAACGCCGAUUGUCUGGGCUAUGUGAAACCGCAUAGCCCCAUGAAAAAUGGCGUCCUUAACAAUAGCAAUAACAAUGGUAAAUUUGCGUCCAAUGGUACUUCGCCCAGCAGUGUCAUCAAGUCACCCAUCAGCAGUAGCAGCACCACAACUGUCAAACUGACCACUGUGAAAACUCAUCGCACAGUCACAUGGAAUCAUGACAUACCCGCCGAGAAGCUGAGCUUCACAAUGCGUAGGGAAUUCGAUCGUCAGCGUGAGGAAACCGAAUUAAUGUCCCAAUUACGGAGUAUUAUUGAAACGCGUUUAAAGAUGACAUUGCCAGAGGAUAUUGCUUCAUCUCUGACCGAUGGCGUUAUACUUUGUCAUUUGGCUAAUUAUGUGCGUCCACGUUCGGUGGCCAGCAUUCAUGUUCCAUCGCCGGGAGUGAAUAAACUCACCAUGGCCCGUUGUCGUCGCAAUGUGGAUAACUUUUUGGAGGCUUGUCGUCGCAUUGGUGUAGAUGAGGAGUUGAUUUGCUCCUGUGCAGAUGUUGUACCACAAUGCGAACCUCAUUCCGAACCGCAAGAUGAGCAGCAGCUACAACAACAACAGAAACAGCAACAGCAGCACCACCAGCAGCAUCAGCAACCACCACCACGUGCUGACGAUGACUAUGAUGCUGAUAUCUAUGUCAACGAUUAUAAUAAAUCAGAUCAGUUAAAGACAAGUGGAGGACAGGUGCCAAAUCCUUUGGCCCUGCUUCGCACUGUGGCCGCUCUAAUUGCCCUGGAUGCGAAUCCACAUCAUCAGCAUAUGCGCUAUCUGCAACAGCAGCAAGAGUUACAAUUGAAACUGCAGCAAUCAAUCUCCUCCUGCAUCCAACAACAAGAACAGAUGUUGCAACAACAACAGCAACAAUUACAAAAUGUUUUAUAUGAGAAUUGUGAAAAAGCACAAGAUAAUGAUGAUGAUGAUGAUAAUGGUCAUGAUAAUGGUGGCCAUCAAAGCCAAUUCGCUGGCACCAUGAGUCACUUGCUUAGGCAGGCCAAGCAAAAGACAUAUGAGAGAAUUAAGAAUAAUCUUUUAAGUGCUCAUGGCCAGCAUAGUUUUCAAGCCAGCAACAAUAAUAACAAUCGUAACAGUAGCGUCGUUGGUAGUGGUAGUGGAUUGCAAACGAUUGUGGAGAAUGAGCACGAUGUGGCCUCGGCUGGACCGGCUGGUCAUUAUCAGCUUAUCGACGAGAAAGAUCAGGAAAAGGAAAAGAAGCUGACAACAUUGGGAACAACAACAACCAAUCCAACUGCAACACCAACCCUUUUCAAGCGUAUUGAAUUCUUUGAGCAAAAUGGUUUAACGAAACCCAAACUGGAGGUUUUUAGCAUCUAUCGUGUGGGCGAACAACAUCAUCAGCAGCAGCAACAGCAGCAGCAGCACAACCAUCAACAUCAGCAGAAGGUCACACUUAAACUGGAGCAAAAACAUAAAUUGGAACAGUUAUUAAAAACUCAAGAUUCUGGCAAUUCGUUCUUAAAACAUGACUCUCAUACACUUACCAUAAUAUUGUCGUGCGUUUUUAUGUUUACCUUCCUUUGGCUGAAUCUAAUUUGCUGUGCUGCCGAUGUUCUGGAAGGCAAAGGAGCUGUUCAGGUGGCCAUCACAGUGGGUGAACUAUUUCGUCUACACGGCAGUGGUUUAAUAGCAGCCACUGGAGGUGGAGGAGGAGGAGGAGGGAGUGGCAACAACAGUGGAGCGGCCACACCGACAAAGUCACCAACUCGAACAACACGUGCAACAUUGUCACCGACACCAACAUUGACCUAAUCUGAGAGUAACAUAGAAGUCUUUUUUUCACGUGAA